AUGAAGGAAAUCUGUCUCCCCAUAUUGACAAGAAACAUGACUAGAACUUAAGGAUUCAGAAAGUCUGAAAUGAGAUGUCAGAAGAUACACGGUGCAAGUACUAAGCAUGAAACGCUGAUGUCAUUAUCCUAACAUCUCGCAACUUUCACUUCCAUUUCCUGCGAAAGGAACCUUGAGAAAGAGGCUUGCCCUGAGGCAAUCUGCCACCGCCAACCACAGAUAUGCUGCUACUGCCGCUGCUGGUGGCCCUGCUCUGGCGGAGGGAGGCAGCCAGGGGCCAGAUGGGGCCUGGGGAGAAUUACAAGCUGCAGCUGCCGGAGCUGGUGACAGUGGAGGAGGGCCUGUGCGUCCACGUGCCCUGCUCCUUCUCCUACCCCUGGAAUGUCUGGGGCAUCUUUACCUCAACUCUGGGCUACUGGUUUCGGGAAGGGGCUGCGACGUCCAAGGAUGCUCCCGUAGCUACAAACAACCCAGACCGAGAAGUGCAGGAGGAGACCCAGGGGCGAUUCCAUCUCCUCGGGGACACCCGGGCCUACAACUGCUCCUUGGAGAUCAGAGACGCCAGGAGGAGGGACAACGGUUCCUACUUUUUUCGGAUGGAACGAGGAAGUGUGGAAAACAAUUACAGGUCUAACCAGCUCUCCUUGCAUGUGACACCCCUCAACCACACACCUGCCAUCCUCAUUUCGGGGACCCUGGUGUCCGGCCACCCCGGGAAUCUGACCUGCUCUGUGCCCUGGGCCUGUGAGCGGGGCACGCCCCCCAUCUUCUCCUGGAAGGGAGCGACCGUCUCUUCCCACGUUCUCACAACAGCCCUCUCCUCGGUGCUCACUCUCACUCCACGGCCCCAGGACCACGGCACCACGCUCACCUGUCAGGUGACCUUGCCUGGAGCGGAAGUGACCACAACGAGGGUCGUCCGCCUCAACGUGUCCUACCCACCACAGAACUUGGCUGUGACUGUCUUUCAAGGAAACAGCACAGCAUCCAAAGCCCAGGAGAACGGAUCCUCUCUUUCAGUCAGGGAGGGCGAGUCCCUGCGCCUGGUGUGCGUCGUCGACAGCAACCCCCCCGCCAGGAUCAGCUGGGCCCGGGGGAGCCUGACCCUGAGCGCCUCGCCGCCCAGCCACCCGGAAGUGCUUGAGCUGCCGCGGGUGCUCAUGGGAGACGAAGGGGAGUUCACCUGCCGAGCUCAGCACGCCCUGGGCUCCCAGCAUGUCUCUCUGAGGGUCUCGCUGCAGCGGCGGUCUGCGCGCCCAGCAGACGCGGUCUUGGUGACCAUCUGGGAAGCGGCUGUCAAGACCCUGCUCCUCCUCCUCCUCUGUCUCCUGGGCCUCCUAGUGAGGUGCUGCACAAGGACGUCAGCCAAGCCGGCAGGGCGUGUCAGAGACAAAGGAAAUCUGCCUUUAACCCCUCAGCUGGGAAACAUGGCCCUCGGGUCAGAAGAUUCACCAGAGAUGGUUCCAUCCACUUCCCGCACAGUCGGAGCAGCUGUAUUUCCUCCCCACGCAGGGGACGGAGGCCACACUGCAGGCUGGAUUUGAAGUCCUGGCCGGCUCUUCCCUGCUGACGCUCCACCCAGAGUUUCUGUUUCGGAUGAUGAAAGCAUUCUGGAAAUCGACAGAUGAUGGUUGCACUAACAUGGUGAUGUUCUUACUGCCACUCAGGUGUAACAUGUUGUUAUUUAGUUGCUGAGUCAUGUCCAUUUUCUUCAAUGCCAUGGACUGUAGCUGCCAGGCUCCUCUGUCCAUGGGAUUCUCCAGGCAAGAAUACUGCAGUGGGGACCUUAACAGAUCCAUCACAAGCGAGGAAAUCGAAACUGUAAUCAAAAAUCUUCCAGCAAACAAAAGCCCAGGACCAGAUGGCUUCACAGCUGAAUUC